AACUGGAUAGCAACAUGAAGACCCAAAGCUAAAAAUGUUAUGUUAGAUAACAUGGGGAAGGUUUGAUUCUCCAAAUAGCCAAUUGAUGGACUGACUCUUCCCCGCCAGCUGGGGGGUGCUAUAGGUAUCUCUACCAUACUGUUCUGGAAAAACAUUUUCGGUCCAGAGAAUUUCUUCAUCAGUGAGGGAUGUGCGCCUGCUCAUUAAGUCAUAAGGGGUAUGAUAGCCACAAGUCUAACCCUAGAUUUUCAACGACUUGGACCCUGUUAUGUCUACCUGGGGCAAGGCCCAUACCUGACAUUUUCUCUUUGUUGCUACUUAACCCACAAGAAUCCAGCUUUAUCUGACCAUUAUCACAAACUAGCUCCACCUGACCCACCAGAUUUUCUCGAUGACUGAGCCUCAUCUCUUACGAAGCUAGUAAGGACGGUUCCACUCCAUCUUUGGUGAGACAUGUGGCUCAGGCCGUGAUGUUUUUCUCUCUAAAAACAGCAUUCUCGAAAUCUGGUAUCUCCACCAUAAAUCCCUGAGUUACAUUUUCUUUUAUUGUUUUGCUUUACUGAGUAAUUUGUGGAGCAAGACUAGGAGCUUGACCCUGUGAUAGUCUUGAGAGUGGUAAACCUGGAGCAGAAACAGAAACUUCUCAAACAUUUAGAGACAGUUAUUAGGUAGGAGGAAGAUUAGAUUUGUUUUCUCUGGCCUAAUGCUAGAGUUAGUAUUAGAAUCAGGUUGAUAUUACAGAGUAUUAGAUUAUAGCUCAGCAUAAAGGUCAGUCAGAUAUGUCCAAAGUGAAAUCUUCAAGAAGUGAUACGGUUGCCAUUAUUAGAGCUGUUAGUUCACUGGCCCGCAAGCUAGACACCAGAGACCCAAGUGAGCCAGAUGGAUGCCCACCUUCAUGGAGCUUACAUUCUAGUGGCACAGACAGAUAAUACACAGGCAAAACAAAUAAAUUACAGAUUGUGAAAAGUGCUCUAUAGGGAAUAAAUAGCCUGCUGUGAUAGGGAAUAAACACAGGCUGAAACCACAUUAAGGAUGUUGUAAAGAAGUUCCAACUAUCAAGUUGGCCUCUAUAACCCCAAGUAGCGUCUCUUCUAAUCCAAAUAAUCUAUGAUUAUGUAACUAUCUUCAUGCCUGGGAUAAGAGGUGAGAGGUCUGUUCCUGUCUCUACUUUGGGUUGUGAACUUCUCAGAAGUCUCCUGGACUAAAAAAGCUUUUCCAGAACUCCAGUGGUAGGGCAGGAGCAGCUACCAGCUGUCAGGGAUAAGUGAAUCUUCAGAGAAGCAAAUUUGCUGAAACGUUUGCAGAGCCAUCCCUGCAGGCUACUCAGAUGAAGUUGAAAAGAGCUCGACUAGCUGAUGAUCUGAAUGAAAAGAUUGCUCAAAGACCUGGUCCUAUGGAGCUGGUAGAGAAAAACAUCCUUCCUGUAGACUCCAGUGUUAAGGAAGCAAUUAUAGGUGUUGGGAAGGAGGACUAUCCCCAAACUCAGGGCGAUUUCUCAUUUGACGAAGACAGCAGUGAUGCUUUGUCUCCAGACCAGCCAGCCAGCCAGGAGUCGCAGGGGUCAGCCGCGUCCCCAAGUGAGCCAAAAGUUAGUGAAUCGCCAUCUCCUGUGACUACAAACACUCCAGCUCAGUUUACUUCAGUGUCCCCAGCAGUUCCUGAAUUCUUGAAAACGCCUACUGCAGACCAGCCCCCACCACGGUCCACAGCGCCUGUCCUCCCCACCAACACCGUGUCCUCAGCAAAGCCUGGGCCAGCACUGGUGAAGCAAAGCCAUCCCAAGAAUCCAAAUGACAAGCACCGUAGCAAAAAGUGCAAGGACCCGAAGCCCCGGGUGAAGAAGCUGAAGUACCACCAGUACAUCCCGCCAGAUCAGAAGGGGGAGAAGAGCGAGCCGCCCAUGGACUCCAACUACGCCCGGCUGCUCCAGCAGCAGCAGCUCUUCCUGCAGCUGCAGAUCCUCAGCCAGCAGCAGCAGCAGCACUACAACUACCAGACCAUCCUGCCUGCGCCACUCAAGCCACUCAAUGACAAGAAUAACAACAGCGGGAAUCCAGCUUUGAACAACACCACAUCUAACACACCAAGACAGAAUACAUCUGCUCCUAUGAGAAAGCCAGGGCCUCUGCCUUCUAGCUUGGAUGACUUAAAGGUGUCGGAGCUGAAGACAGAACUGAAGUUAAGGGGUCUUCCGGUGUCAGGCACCAAACUGGACCUCAUUGAACGCCUGAAACCCUACCAGGAAAUGAACAGCGGUGGUGCUGCUACCAGUGGCAUCGUGGCCCUGUCGACAUCUGCCAUCGUCCCCAGUAACCCAGAAGUUACCAUGGCUCUGCCAGUGACAACACUGCAGAACUCUGUGACCAGCUCAGGCUCCACUUUCAAGGGAGAGCUGCCAUCCGCUGGAUCCAGCAACACAGCCCACGUGGACAGUGUUAACUCCCCGCUGCCCAUCUCACCCGCUCCCUCUGAACAGUCCAGUCUCAGCGCCGAGGACGCGAGCGUGGCGGACACGUUCACCGAGAUCAUGACCAUGAUGUCCCCGUCGCAGUUCCUGUGCUCGUCACCUCUGCGAGCCGCGAGUACCGAGGACAGCCUCAGCCCCACCAGCAGCACGCUGUCUACCCUGGAGCUCGACGCGGCCGAGAAGGACCGCAAGCUCCAGGAGAAAGAGAAGCAGAUCGAAGAGCUGAAGCGGAAACUGGAACAAGAGCAGAAGCUCGUGGAAGUUCUGAAGAUGCAGCUGGAGGUGGAGAAACGAGGGCAGCAGCGGCCACUGGAGCCCCCGCCCAGCACCUCGGCCCCUCCAGUCCCCAAGUCAGACCAGGCUCGGGGUGGCACCGCUCCCGCCACCAAGGAUGAGGCCCUGGUCCCCGACGGCCCCAGCCUAGUGGCCGGCCAGACCCUCGUUGCCAAAAAGGCCAUAGUGAUCAAGCAAGAGGUCCCCGUGGCCCCGGCCGAGCCGCCAAGCCUCGUCCCACAGUUUUACGUGAGUUCCCAGGGCCAGCCGCCCGCCGGGGUGCCUCAGCCACAGGCGUUACUGACCACGCGCACCGCACAGCUGCUGCUCCCCGUGUCCGUCCCGGGCUCCGGUGUCACCUCAGUGCAGCUCCCAGUAGGCAGCCUCAAACUCCAGACUCCACCACAGACAGGCAUCCAGACUCAGCCUCAGAUAGCAACUGCCACCUUGUCCUCAGGCCUGGCCCAGACUGCACCUCAGAAACAAGACACUUUCACACCACAUGUGCUCAGUCAACCUCAGCAAGUCAGAAAGGUUUUCACAAACUCAGCAUCCAAUACAGUUCUUCCGUAUCAGAGACCACCCGCUCCAGCGGUGCAGCAGCCCUUUAUCAACAAGACAAACAGCAGCAUCCUUCAACCCAGAAGCACGCCACUUCCGUCCCUGCAGAACGGCCCCAACCCUCCCAACAAGCCCGGCUCGCCCCCUCCGCCCCAGCAGUUUGCGGUCCAGCACUCUCUGUUUGGGAGCCCGGUCCCCAAGACGAAAGACCCUCCCCGCUACGAGGAAGCCAUCAAGCAGACACGCAGCGCCCAGUCUUCCCUUCCAGAGAUUUCCAAUGCACACAGUCAGCAGAUGGACGACCUCUUUGACAUCCUCAUUAAAAGCGGAGAGAUUUCCCUCCCUAUAAAAGAAGAACCUUCUCCUAUUUCCAAAAUGAGACCGGUGACAGCCAGCAUCACCACAAUGCCAGUCAGCACAGUGGUGUCCCGGCCACCACCCCAAGUCCAAAUGGCACCACCCAUAUCCUUAGAACCUAUGAGCAGUUUAUCUGCCAGCUUAGAGAACCAACUAGAAGCUUUCUUGGAUGGAACUUUGCCUUCAGCCAGUGAAAUUGCUCCACUGCAAAGCAGCAGCGAGGACAGGGAGCCCUUCUCCCUGAUAGAGGAUCUCCAGAACGACCUGCUAAGUCACUCAGGCGUGCUGGACCACUCACACUCACCCAUGGAAACCUCCGAGGCCCAGUUUGCUGCGAGUACUCCCUGCCUGUCCCUUGACCUUUCUGACUCGAACCUGGACAACAUGGAGUGGUUAGACAUUACCAUGCCCGGCACGUCAUCGGGACUCACUCCUCUCAGCACCACUGCUCCGAGCAUGUUCUCUGCCGACUUCCUAGACCCACAGGACCUACCACUGCCAUGGGACUAACGGCACAGAUUUCUCAUCCCAGAUUCCAUGAGGGUUAAGAAGAUGAAGAUGAUUGGAGAAGGUCAGUUUUUAGAGACAGAUCCAUAGUUGCAUCAUUGCAAUUAUAAUAUGUUGUCACAGAAAGAAUGGAGGGAUGGUCAGAGGCUGGAAACCAAGUUUGAAAACAUUUCAUUGCAUCCAGCAGAGAAUGUCUCCGAUUUAAUAUAGCACAGAGCCUUCUGAAAAAACACUACUCCAAGAAGACUUAUCUGUUUCUCCAGACUUCCGUAAAGAAUGAAAGGUACCUUUAGAUAAAAACAUGAAGCAGAGUAAUGUGUGCAGGGCGGUGAUAACCAGGGCCUCUGGUCAUCAGCUACAUUUAAACCUCUGUGGUCACUUUGAGACCCUAAAUAAAAGGCAGACGGCUCCACGCACAAAGAAGGGAGGUGAGAGACCACUGCACAGGGUAUUUCCUAGAAAUGGCCUGAGCCCAGCCCAAGAUGCAGCAGGGGUCAAGGGCAGUGGUCGGCACCAGCCAGUUCAGUGACAGCUUCCCACUGAAGACUUUUUGGUUCCAUUCAGAAACCAAUGUAAUUUUUUUGUGUGUUAUAGUUUAUUUUGUGUUUUUUGGGAAUCUUACUUUAGAUCUCCAAAUUUAAAUUGAAAUGGAAGAUCUUCCACCAUAACCAGACAGUGUACAAAAGACUGUCAUAAACAAUCCACUGUAAGAAGUCAGGUGUACUGAUAACACUGAAAAUUCUAUUCGCAGCCCUCUGGGUUGAUUAGGUUGAUUUUAAUGUGUAUCUUAGACAUCUGUAUGUGUGCUCUGACAUUGUGAUGUGUACAGCCUACACUGGAGUAAGGCAUUAGGUACCCAGUGGUCCUACUUCUUCUAAUAACUCGAAUAUUUCUGGAGUACUUGAGCCACAUGUAUUUCCGUAUUUAAAGAAUUGCUGACUAACUUUCAGGUAACCAGACCCAUCUCAAAGAACCAAGAAAAGGCUUUAGCAUAAAAUAUCUUUCUGAGCUGGUGAGUUGCAAAGAGAAGGCAAGGGAGAAGUCUGUCAUCAACCUAGGACAUUCCUACAACGGUUACAGGUGAGACAGUGUUGCCAGGUUGGCCAGUGGACCCAGCCCUGGCCGUCCUCUUCUCUGUCGCUUAUCCCUGGUUACUGUUUAACAACAGGCUUGUAACUGGAUGUCAUACCUGAGCUCUCACUAUAUCAUCAAGCUGAAGAUUGAAAAACUGGAGGUUUUAUUAGUAGUUUUUUAUAUAGAAAAAAGAUUUGUUGAGUAGUUUCAUAAUUUUCUAAAAUGCCAACUAUCACAGGAUUUCCAAGAUUAUUUCAAUCAAGCUAGUCAUUUAAGUAUAUGAUAAAAUAUAAAUAACUGAAAAAAACCCACCUGAAAUCUACCCCAAAGUGUGGAGACUUUUAUUACAUAAUAUCAUUGUGCUCUCCACCUCACCUUGUGUAAACCCUACAUAUCGUCGGGUUUUUUCUCUGGGUUGUUAAAUGGUGAAAGUUGCCUCUUGCAAGUCGCUGUGGGAACCUGACCCACUACUUGGAGAGAGUCUGUGAAUCAUUUCUGGGUUUGUGUUUUGCCUAAGGACUGAUCUUACUGUAUAUGUUUAUUUCAGUUUGUAAGUUUUACUACAUGUAAGAAAAGCCCAUUUCCCAGUACUCAGUUGCCCACAGCCCUCGAGCCCUCAGUUGAAAGCCCUCCCAACGGGAAAGUGCUUCUGGGUGAUUCAGGCAGAGGCGGUCACGCACAGUGUGGUCUGCAGUAGGUACUUCGAGUGUUUAGCAAUUGGUAAUCCAACAUGUGGGAGCCAGUAACCGUUAACCAGAGCGCCACCAUCUGACCAAGCCCAGUGGGACAGUUCAUGUCCUGGGCAUGACGUGCAUCUCGAGUCAGUUCCUUUCAGAGGGCCUGUGGCCAGGGGCGGGGCUAUUGACGCGGGAAGGUACUUUUCUUAGGGGAAGUCUGGGCCCUGGGUUUUUGUCUGGGGCUAAUGUGGUCCACACUCAGACUCUAAGCAUCAUCUUCAUUCGGAUUUAAAUGACUUACUUACUAAAUUAGCACCAAAUAUCAGUGAGUCAGCAGGAGGCAACUGAACAGCUAGUGGUGCUGACUCUUGUUGAGUAACUUUCUGUUUCCAUCAUCCCGAGUUGUGUACAUAGAUUGUUCUCUAGCCCUCAGCUCCCCUUAUUGCUUUUUUAAAAUAGAUUUGAAACAUGCCACAGGAAGGUUGCUCUCCAAAAAUACACACUGCAUUGCAAAGAAUGCCAUCUCAUGAGCCUGGUCUCCCGACUACAAAUUGCUGAAGUGCCCACUUCACAUGUGUGUUCAGACCUUCACGUACCAGCAUUUCCUUUAAAGGCAGGCAAGGGGCCUCUAGUAUUGACCGUACCAGCCACCUACUCGCAGCAUUCCACCCGACCCUCCGUCCUGGCUUGAGCAGCCAGCUGGGCCUCUGUGACACCAGUGCUGCUCACCAGGGUCUCAGCUAAUGUUCCAGGUUAGAGUGAGGACACAGACCGUGCGCAGUGUGUGACGUGACCAAAGGUGGCAUUCUGUGAUCACAGCCCCUCGGCCCUAACUCAGUGAACGUGAUGGUAAGCGCGGUGGGAAAGGCGUGUGUUUACCAAAGAGGACGGUUUGGGGUUUGAGGUGAGCUUCACAGCCCUUUAAACAGAGGGCAGAAGCGCUGGUUGGAUUUUCAAGUGUUCGUGUGUGUGUGGUUUAGAAGUGGUGCUGUUGUGUACCAUCCUGCAGAAUAGCAUACUGCCAAGCAGAAAACCAACUCCUAGAAACAUUAUCUCAUAUCCAGUCUUAUUUCCUAAAUAUUCCUGAAACACAGUAGUAUCAAGCUUACCCUGCUAGUGUAUAUAGGUAUCAAUCAGGUCUUGUCAUUAAGGAUGGGAGGGAUAGAAAGUUACACCGAAGCUUCAGGCAUAUGUGGUCAUCUUGUACAUUUCAGCAAAGCAUGUACUAGGAAACCUCUUAGGACAGUGUGAGUGGUUCACGUUCUAGUGUUUUUCCUGAAAUGUGCAAUCUACUGUAUAGUAUCUGCCACAUAUUUGUACAUAGAUGUAGUCUGAAUUCAUGGAACUUCUUGCUCAGAUACUAUUUGUGUUUUAUAUGAAUAUUUUUAUGGCACAAAAGAGAUCUUACUUAAAAUUUCCUUUUUACAAACUGCACGGUUGUGUGAUCCAUGGAAGUGCCGUUUCAGAAUCGUGGCAAAGGCAGUGUGGUGUUGCCCCCCAAGCUGCCACCUGUAGAGGGCACCGUCACAAUCUGUGCAGUCGGUGGACCCCAAGUGAUGACGGAUCAGGAGUGUUACCCAUUUUGUCACCGAAGCGGACUCAGGCUUCCUCUACCCCAGAUCAACCCCACAUCAUUCCAGGCCACACAGCUUUCUCCAGAGUCCUUUCGGAAUUCCCAAGCUGAAACCAGCCACAAGAGUGCCGGGACCGUCCCUUUACUGUCCACAAACAGCCUGUGGCUGGGUUUGCGCCACACCCUCGCGCUGUUUCUGGGGCCCAUCUGGUGGCUCCUGCCAUGAGCCAGGUGGAGGGUGGCAGCCAGGGGCUGUUUCAAGAACUUCCAGGAGACUAGCUGUCAGUGUCCACCAGCAGAGCCACCCGGGGCUCCACAGCAGGUUGGCAAGUAGCCCUCUGCGUGUCGCCAUCCGUCACCACCACAUCAGUCCCGACCACUGGCACCGGAGUAGGACACCAGGCAAAGUGUCCCCUGCCUGGAGGCCACAGAAUUAGCCCACACUCUCAAAGAACACUAACUGGAAGGUCAGGGUUAUCAAGGAACACAGCUCACGAGUGCAGAAAUGUGUAUUUGGAGAGCAUCCUAACUGCAUUUCAGCGCAUCUUUUAAGUGGUUUCAGUCAAAACUGGAAAAUAACAAUUCAUAUGUAGUCAUUCUUCUUCCUGGUUCAAACCUUUGAUAACUUGCUCAUUCAGCGAGGUUUCUGAGCUACGUUUUUUCUUGUGAAGUGACUGCAUGGCAAUAAGCAGGUCUGUGUUUGUCCCCAUUCACCCUUUCUUGCAGUAUUUGAGGAAAUGCAUCAUUGCAAAGGGUUUCUACCUGAAAUCUGAUUUGAGGCCUGUAAUUCAAAAAGCUGCACAUGUUUACAAAAGAGCUCUUCCCCUCCAUGCAAACACGUUGCUCUGUGAAUCAUUGGAAAAUGUCACGAUUCUGUGACAAGAGGAUGGCAAUCUCGGAUCUGCAAGGUGCUGUCUGGAAUCAAAUAAAACACGUCAUUGGCGAUCUCAACAUAGCUGUCGUGUUCAACAGAGCUUUGUGCCAACUACUAAGACAAAGCUUUAACCAAGUUCAUAGAAUCACCGAGACUCAUAACGAUUACCUCUCCACAUUAUGCUGUAAGGAAACUUGCUGAUUUAGGAGGAGGAGGAAGCAUUUAGGAAAGGGUUUAGUUGCUACCAAAAGCACUUAACCUCGAAUAACUAAUAGUAAUGCAAACUUGCUUCAAUGGAACCAAAGGCAUUGCCAAGUAUUUGCCAAAAGGAGGCACUUUUUAUUUAAAAUUUGAGACUAAUGAGAUCUCAAAAAUCAGUCCCAAAAAGGUAUUAUCCAUUUAAGGUUAUAAUUUUCACAAAGAUGUAGAUAUUUCUCUAUUGUUUUCAUGUAAAAUAGUAUAGAUUUGUUUUGUUGGGUUAAGAAUAAUAAGUAUUCAGCAGUAAUACAGAAUUUUUUCCUUUCUACGUACAAAUUAGUUUUCUUCUCUUGCUUGCAAUAGAAAUGCGAUGUGAUAGGUGUUUCUCUUCUUAUUUUCAUUGUCACAUUAUGUCUUAGCAUCUCACUCUAUGAAAAAAAGGAGAAAGAUACCAAUCUGCAGAGCCCUGCUUAUCAAAGGACUAGUUUAAUAAACAAAAAACUAUGGCAAUCGGGGGUCCAUUCAUGUAUUGCCUUUAUGUUGUUUUUUAAAAGAAAAACCAUGAUGCCUUUGUAUUUGCUGUUUGCACCCCUGAAAUCAAUUCCAUAUCAUGUUUGAAUGCCAUACAUUUUGCACAUGUACUGUACAUAGGUAAUGCAUACUGUAUUUUUAUAUGUGUGCACAUUUAUCAUCAGAUCUUUUGUACAUAGUGGCCGUAUUGUAGCUGAUCGGGAAAUGUUUGAUAUCUCAGCAAUUUUGCAUUUUUGUGUCUCAAAUAAAAAC